GCCUGACACAAGCGCCUGUGGCCUCCCUCCCGACUCGCUCUCCAAAGCAAUCUUAUUUGGAGCUGAAAAGAAGACGCAGCGUAGCUCAAGUGAGUUGGUGAAAGCGAGAGCGACGCUCUUUCUGCGUCUCGUGGCUCCGAUGCUUCUCGGCCCUCCCAUCCAUUAAUGGCAUCCAAAGCUGCCUCCUUGGCCGCAGGUCUCGCUAUCCUCCCUCCGCUCGCAUUCAACGUUCCCGCCCCCGUACGCGAAUGAGAUCACGCCUCAGUGGGGAGGAGGAGGAGGAGUUGGAGGGCGAUGAAUUCCAAGGCGCGGGCGCCGUCCCUGGUCAUCAAAGCUUCCCCGAAGCGCGAUAAAGGAAUCGACAAGGAGAAGAAGACUGAGAUGCAGGGGAAUGGAUCGGUGGUCAUAGCAAAUGGACCCAACAGAUGCCAAUCUGGAAGAGAGAGGAAGAUUGCUCUGCAGCAAGAUGUUGAUAAGCUCAGAAAGAAGCUGAGGAACGAAGAGAACAUCCACAGAGCCUUGGAGAGGGCUUUCACCAGACCUCUGGGUGCUCUUCCUCGUCUUCCACCAUAUCUGCCUUCACAUACACUAGAACUUUUGGCCGAAAUCGCCGUUCUAGAGGAAGAGGUGGUUCGCCUCGAAGAACAGGUGGUGAAUUUUCGGCAAGGCCUCUAUCAGGAAGCUAUCUACAUCUCGUCCUGCAAGAAAACCAAGGAAUUAGGAUAUGAUGUCGACUCCCUUUCUCAAAACUCCAAAACCUUGGGGCAACGGAAGUCAUAUUCGAAUUCAGCAUAUACUGAAGACUUGGCCUUCACGAAACAGCUAACCUCUUUGCAGUGGUCAUCAAACACAGACCGAAAUGUGCCUUCCUCUAAUCAGUUUGUCGAUGAUAAGCUCUCCCCAAAGAAGUUGAAGUCAUCUUUGGCCAUUACUGAAAAGCAGCAAGGAAAAGAGAAUCAAAUAGGCGCAAACUGUCCUAGAAACUGUAGGCAAUCUCCAGUAAGGAGAGCUUCGAAAGUAGGAACAGCUGCAAAUGGAAACAAGCAGGCGGAUGCACGGCCAAAGUGCAAUUCCGUGGAUAAUGAAAGAACUGGAAUAAACUUAAGGAGCACUUCCAGUGAAGCAAAAUUGGACGAGUCCAAUGCUCCAAAUGAAUCUGAGUCGAGUGGGCCGAGCAAACUAUCCGAGGAUAUCUUGAGGUGCCUGAUGAACAUAUUCUCACGGUUGAGUUCUCCAGGGAACACUAAAGAGCUGCUCGAGGCAUCUCCUUCGGUAUCAGGUUCUAGUGGGAGUUCAGAAGAAACUGAUUCGCUAGACCCAUACGGUAUCUGUGCAGAAUUUGGAAUACGGGACAUUGGCCCAUAUAAAUAUUUCCGAGCAGUUGAAGCGAGCUCGAACUUUCCAAACCUUCCCAUGGGUUGUUCAUUUCUUACAUGGAGAUUAAAACGUUUGCUCAGAGAGCUUGCAUCAGUGGAUUUAUCAGGUCUCACACAUCAGCAGAAGAUUGCAUUCUGGAUUAACAUUUAUAAUUCAUGCAUGAUGAAUGCAUUUCUCGAGCAAGGCAUUCCUGCUAGUCCUGAGAUGAUUGUUGCGCUGAUGCUAAAGGCUAUGAUUAAUGUGGGUGGUCACAUGCUCAGUGCAAUGACAAUCGAACAUUUCAUUUUGAGGCUGCCUUACAGUUCGAAACAUGUCUUCCCUAAAGGAUCUAAAAGUGAUGAUGUAACAAUGCGAGGCAUAUUCGGAUUAGAAUGGCCUGAACCCUUGGUCACAUUUGCACUUUCAUGUGGAAGUUGGUCAUCACCGGCUGUGAGAGUAUACACGGCAGCUAAAAUUGAGAAAGAGUUGGAAAGAGCAAAAAGGGAUUAUUUGCAAGCAUCCAUUGGUAUAUCCACACGAAACAAAUUAGCAAUUCCUAAGCUGCUUGAUUGGUACCUACGAGAUUUUGCAAAAGAUGUGGAGUCAUUAAUGGACUGGAUCUGCUUACAACUCCCAAAUGAGUUGAGGACCGAAGCAACUAAAUGCCUAGAAGCGGCAAGAGGAAGUCCCAUUCAGCAGCCAAUUCAAGUUCUUCCAUAUGAGUUUAGAUUCAGGUACCUUUUUGCUACAUAGAUGACUCUCUCCACCUUACAGUACAAUGUAGCUGAUGAAAUCCCAUGGUUCAAUGAUUUGUUCAUAUCAUUAUUAUAAUAAGAACAUUGAAAUUUGUUAAAUCUUUGUAUCUUUUGAUU